AAAAGGAUCGAUCUAAAGAGUCACUCACACCCUCCGUUCAUUCAUCACCAUUAGAGAAACAACCUAUUACUUUCAUGCUAUCAUGGAAGGAGGAGGCGGCGGCGAUCAGCAGCAGCAGCAGCAGCGUCCUACUUUCCCAUUCCAAUUACUCGAGAAAAAAGAAGAAGAUAACCAGCCUAGUUCCUCCUCUUCCACCACCCUUCCUCUCCCUUCCCUCCCAAUCCCCUCAGCCGAACAAUCCACCACCGCCGCUCGUUCUGCUUCGAGCCAUCAGAUCUCUGCGGAGCCGUCCAAAAUCCCACCCCCUAAGCGUACUUCAACCAAAGACCGUCACACCAAGGUGGAUGGACGUGGCCGUAGGAUCCGCAUGCCUGCUCUUUGUGCAGCUAGGGUUUUCCAACUCACUCGAGAGCUCGGCCACAAAUCCGACGGCGAAACGAUCGAGUGGCUGCUCCAACAAGCCGAACCGGCCGUGAUCUCCGCCACGGGUACCGGCACCAUCCCUGCAAGUUUCACUUCCCUCAAUAUCUCGCUUCGUAGCUCCGGUUCGAGCAUGUCGAUACCUUCUCAGCUUCGUUCAUCCGGUUUCAACUCCAACUUCUCGAUGCAACAACGUCGGAGUUUGUUCCCCGGAAUCGGACUCGAAACGACGCCGACGCCUGCGUUCUUUAACUUCCAAUCCGGUAGUAAUUUGAACCCAAUGUUUCCGGCCAAGCAAGAGUCUUCCAUGGAAAUAUCGGAGGCCGAAGAAGGUAGUAUAGGAAGGAAAAGAAGACCCGAACACGAUUUAUCUUCGCAACAUCAAAUGGGGAGUUACUUGAUGCAGUCGAGCACCGGGGCUGUUCCGGCGAGCCACGGACAGGUUCCGGCGAACUUUUGGAUGUUAACCAAUUCUAGUAAUCAAGUCAUGAGUGGUGGUGGACCUGGUGGUGACCCCAUAUGGACAUUUCCUUCGGUGAACAACAGUGGUUUGCAUUUCAUGAAUUUCCCAGCUCCAAUGGCCUUGUUGCCGGGCCAGCAAUUGGGUUCCAGCAGUACUGGCGGCGAUGGCGGCGAAGGAGGCGGCAGUGGUGCAAGUAGUGCCAUGAGUGAAAGACAUUUAAAUAUGUUAGCCGGAUUUAACCCUUAUAGGCAAGUCUCCGGCGGCACCGGAGUAUCAGAAUCUCAAGUGAGCGGCUCACAUUCACACAACGGCGGAGGCGAUGAAUAACAACAUGACAUACAACUGCUCAUCGUCUUUGUUCAUUCUAUCAGUUGUGUAGUUCGAUUUGUAACACACGUGAGGUUUGAUUGCUUUAAA